AUGGUAGAUAUUUCGGUGUUCUCCACAGUUAAGGAAAAUACCAAAUUUGAUAUUUCAUGCUAUGUCCUAGAUCGAAUCACAAAGAACAUGCCCCAUUACACGCUCAUUAGAGAAAAUAUUUCUAUACCUCCCUGUUGCAUGCUUGCUGAUCCCGAUUUCAACGUUCCUGGGCAAAUAGACAUACUUUUAGGCGCAGAUGUCUAUUAUUCAAUUGUUCAUGGAAUCCCCGCUCAAAUACCCCGAAAUUCUUUAUAUAUGGUAGAAACUCAUCUUGGCUACAUCAUAAGUGGACCGAUUCCCGUAGACGGUCUCAAUUAUUGCACCACUCUGUCCAGUUCAGCUAAGUCUCCCUGUAGAGCAGAAAACGCGUGCCAUUUAAUUCACGGUAGCAAUUUAGAGAAACUUUUUGAACGAUUCUGGUCUGUCGAACACGUUUCUGACCUUAAUAAAAGGACUUUGUCACCAGAGGAAUCUCUUGCUGAAGAAAUUUUCUCCACUUCAAUCACCCACUUGGAAAAUGGCUACUUGCAAGUCGACUUGCCCCUCAAAACCCCAAACGCGCACUUGCAGUUAGGAAUCUCGUACAAUCAAACAUUGAAACGGUUUGAAAACCUGGAAAAAAGAUUCGCUAAAAAUCCCAAUUUGCUCUCUAGAUACAAACAGUUUAUUGACGAAUAUAUUUCACUAGGCCACGGAAAAUAUGUGGCAUUAUCUCAAAAAAAUGAAUUGAAUGAAAAUAAAUAUUUUAUACCCCACCACUGUGUCAUUCGAGAAGAUAGUCUUACGACAAAAUUACGCGUAGUGUUUGAUGCAAGCAUGAAAUCUUCUAACGGCGUGUCCCUGAACAAUAUUAUGCUUAAAGGAUUUCCAGUGCAACCCGAUUUGUAUGACAUUCUUUGCCGAUUUCGGAGCUUUCCAUAUGUUUUUGUGGGAGAUAUUGAAAAGAUGUAUCGUCAAAUCAAAGUGAAUCCUACGCAAACAUUUUUGCAAAAUAUUUUGUGGCGAGAUCACCCAGCCGCCCCACUCAGGUGCAUAGAAUUGCAGACCGUCUCAUACGGCACGAAUAGUGCUCCCUAUCUUGCCACUAGAUCACUAAAUUAUCUCGCUGACACUCAUAAAGAACGCUAUCCACUUGCCGCCCAGAUUAUCCACAAUCAAUGUUAUGUUGAUGACAUUCUCUAUGGUUGUGACACGCUUACUGAACUCACUAAUACUUAUAGUGAAUUAACAAAGCUGCUUGGCACGGCUCAAUUUAAGUUACAUAAAUGCUCGUCAAACUCUAAUACAUUUAUUAAAGUUCUUCAGAACGCUUCCCCUCAAGACGUCUUCGAACUGAAAGAACACGGAUCUCCAAAUAGGGUCCUAGGAAUAUGUUGGAAUUCCAAGAGUGACUUAUUUUCAAUAUCGUUACCCAAACCAGGCCCCGAACUCCCCCCCACAAAGCGCAGAGUCUUAUCCACAAUCGCUCAAUUGUUCGACCCUCUUGGGCUAGUAGGUCCUAUCGUUGUCAGCGCAAAAAUUAUUAUGCAGCAAAUCUGGGUAUCAAAGAUUGAUUGGGAUCAAGAAUUGCCCAACGAUAUUUUGGUCAGGUGGUCGGAGUUUCAGCGGGAUAUGCCCAAUUUGUCAAAAUUGACCAUACCCCGGUAUUUGUUUCGCGAUCAGCAUUUUGUUCGAUUGGAGCUGCACGGAUUUGCCGAUGCAAGUCUUAAGAUUAAUUUCGUCAAAAAGCAGAGUGGCUCCACUAAAAACACUCAGUUUGCCAAGGUUGGAGCUAUGUGCAGCCCAUUUGCUGUCACUUCUAGUAGAAAGAAUUGUCUCAAUAUAUAA